GGACCAGAAGAACAGACACUAGAGUGUUCCAGAAGCCAGCAAAAGAGAUUGUGAACUGCGAAGCCUCUUCCUGACUCAGUGACUCAGUCGACAGCAGAAGGAUGGAGAGUGACCCGCCGACUCGGAUAAUGGUGGCGGUGAAUCAGUCAACGAUCAAAGGCUACCCGCACGCGUCGAUUAGCAGCAGGGGAGCCUUCGACUGGACUCUUCGGAAGAUCGUCCGAUCAAACACCGCCGGUUUCAAACUUCUUUUCCUUCACGUUCAAGUCCCUGACGAAGACGGUUCUCGUUUCUCCCUUCCUCUGUUUAUAUUAACUGUGGUUUUUUGAUUUUCGGCUAAUUUCUUCUCGCGUUGGCUUGCCUGUUGGUUGGUUAGGGCUUGAGAAGUGUGGUUUCUUUUAUCAAUUUUGUUGAUUUUUUUGUCUCUUGAACUAAUCGACUAGAGUUGUUGUUGUCCUUGAGUUUGCAUAUUUUUUUAAAAAAUUUUGUCUGAAACCAGAUUUCAUGAAUUGAUAGGAUGGCGUAAAUACAUGGAGAAGUGGAUUUUAGAAUUUGGUGUGAUUUUGGCAGCUUAAAUUGGCUAGAUAAUGUACUUAGUUAUGCAAUUAAGGUGGUUGCCCAUGUUUCUUGGGUUGGAUUUCUGAAUAAUGCUGUUUUUUAUAUAGAUGAACCAGCUUUCCUUUCAAGCAUGUUACUUUGCAUCACUAUGUUUAAUUUUCUUGGGUUUGUUUCUAGACUUGUCAUGUUCAACCUCCUUUAAGUUUGAUGAAUCCAGAUCAGAAUCACAAACCAGUCGUCUGCUCUCUUUUGUAUAGGUUGUUUAUUAUUUAUGAAUAAAGAAAACGAUGCUGAUUCAUCUUAGUUGAAAAUUUGACUCACUGUAACAGCAGUGUGUAUCUGUUUUAAAAUAGUGCUUUAUGUAAAUUGGUAUCAAAAUGUUUCAAUAGUCUUAAGAGGAACUAAUUUUAAUGGAUUAUGGCACUUACUAAUGGCAUAUUUAAGCUGUUGUUGUUUCUGGUACUCAACUUUCAAUACUGCAGUGAUUCAAUUAAUUUAUUUAUCUAUU